AUGUUUGGUCUUGAUCUCUCUCAUCUCUCUCCCCAGUUAGAAGGCGUGGUGGAAGCCCUCAUUACUGUCUUGACAGCACUCAUUCUUUUUCUUUUGGUUAAAUUGAUGAAAUCGUGCCUAGAAGAUGAGAAAUGCUGCUCAAUGGUAAUAGCAGGACAGGGGGCAUUAGAGGAGUUACAGGACAGCAUGUCAGAAACAGAGCGAGGUAAAAGAUUAGAAGCUUCAAGAAGGAGAGGUGCAAUUAAGAAAAGAGGCCCUUCAAAGGACCUUGGAUCCAAGGAAGCAAGAGAUAAGGGAAAGGACACCCUGGGAGAGAAAUGGGGAAAGGAGGAAAAAAACCCGAAAAAGAUAAGCCUUUAUCCGGUAAAGGAGUUAGAGGCUUUAGGGCUUGAUAGUUCAGAAACAGACAAGAUUAGCCCCUCUGAGGAAGAGGAUUUAGAAGAUGAGGCAGCUCNCUAUGAAGAAGAAAGAUACCACCCAGAUAGCUUGAGUAAAAAACAGAAGAAAGCGGGAGGCAGAAACCAUGUGGUUUCCCAGCCUGUAGGCCCCAGCACCCCUCCACUUUAUAUGGAAAGAUUUUACUCAGAUUCCUUCCUUACUAGAGAUGAGCAGAAAAAGAUAUGGCAGGCAUUUCUGGUGUUUGAGGCUGCCGAAGGAGGCCGUGUCCACGCACCGGUAGAAUAUAUUCAAAUUAAGGAACUUGCCGAGUCGGUCCGUAAUUACGGAGUUAGUGCCAAUUUUACUAUUUCUCAAGUCUAAAAGCUUGCCCCACUGGCCAUGACUCCAGCAGACUGGCAGACAACAGUGAAGGCUGUGCUCCCUAAUAUGGAGCAAUAUAUGGAAUGGAAAGCCUUGUGGUAUGACGCCUNUCAGGCGCAGGCCAAAGUCAAUGCCAUUGCUGAAGGCGAUCAGAGAAAUUGGACACUUGAUCUGCUAACAGGACAAGGGCAAUAUGCCAAUAAUCAAACAAAUUACAACUGGGGAGCAUACGCUCAAAUCUCCACUGCCGCCAUUAAAGCAUGGAAGGCACUUUCCAGGAAGGGAGAGUCUGGGGGACACUUAACAAAAAUUAUACAAGGUCCCCAGGAGCCAUUCUCAGAUUUCAUGGCUAGGAUGACAGAGGCAGCAGGCAGGAUCUUUGGAGACCCUGAACAAGAAAUACCUUUAGUGGAACAACUGGUCUAUGAGCAAGCCACACAGGAAUGCAGANCAGCUAUUACACCUAGAAAGAGCAAAGGGUUACAGGAUUGGCUGAGAAUUUGCCAAGAACUUGGAGGCCUGCUUACUAAUGCUGGCCUCGCGGCUGCUAUCCUACAGGGCCAAAAGCGCUCAGGUACAGGUGAUCGCAAGGUCUGCUAUAACUGUGGCAAACCAGGAAACCAAGCCCUUUGA